GUAGCGAAUUGAAAUUGAAGAAGAAGAAGAAAUACGUCGCACACUGCAUUGAAUUUUUGAACGUCUCACGAAAAAGUAACUUUUAGGCCAUUAUUUGUGUGAAAAUCUUUUAAAAACUACCACCAAAAGUUCAUGUGAAGCCAAAUAUGUUAAGUGCUUUUGUUUCUCGGAUGGUCAUACUGCUCUUUGGCACUCUUUAUCCGGCAUAUGCUUCAUACAAAGCCGUUCGCACCAAAAAUGUUAAAGAAUAUGUAAAAUGGAUGAUGUAUUGGAUUGUCUAUGCCUUUUUUACGUGCAUCGAGACCUUCACAGACAUCUUCCUCUCAUGGUUUCCCUUCUAUUACGAAGUCAAGGUGAUCCUUGUGAUUUGGCUGUUGUCACCAGCCACUAAAGGUAGCUCAACACUGUAUAGAAAAUUCGUCCAUCCAAUGCUCACACGACGAGAGCAUGAGAUAGAUGAAUAUCUCAAUCAAGCCAAAGAAAAAGGAUAUACCACUGUACUUCAGUUGGGCUCCAAAGGCAUGAAUUAUGCUACCAGUGUUAUCAUGCAAACAGCCAUUAAGGGCGGUGGUAAUUUAGUGCAGACGCUGAAGAAGAGCUACAGCCUCAGCGAUCUUUCAGAGCCAGAUACACAACGCACUCAGGAUGAGAUUGACGAGAUCAUAAGGCCACAGAGGACACAGAGAGUCCUUAGGCCACGAACUCAGAGCACUAGAUCGGCUUCCGGAGGCAGGAACAUGCCAGAAAUGUACUUUCCAGAAGUUGAUGUAACUCAGGCCUCGAGAACGACAAGAGAUGGUGCUCCCAAUUACAACUACAUCCGCUCGAGUGAGGAUAUCAGUUCGGGAUACUCAAGUGCUGAGCCUAUGCCAGUGGCUCUCAGUCGCACAGCCUCCCUCUCGCACGCUACUCGCGGUGCCACUAGACUGAGAUCGAAGCGAUCCGAGGUAAGUGAUCCUUACUCUCUGCCCACGCAUCAGCUACGGUCUCCUUCUGAGGCGUCCCUAUUAUUUUUCUUUCUCUUUUUUUUUCGUUUCUCAAAGGCGGGAAGGUCAUGGGAGGAUGACGGGGAAGGAGAUUAUCCCUAUAGUCCCUCAUCCCCUCCCCAAAGUCCCUUGUCCAUUGAAUCCUCUGUGUCUUCCUUUAAUGGUCCCGAAAGAUUUAGGUAUUCCUUUGACGGAGAGCCCUUGUUUCUGGUUGAAGAGGAGGGUAAUGAUGGGAAUGAAGAUGAAGCUAGAAUUGUAGAGAUUACAGAAGAUAUUUCAGAAUUCAAAGGAGCUUUUCGACCAAUCAAGAAAGCUUUUGAUCCAGAAAUGGAUGAGAAGUACAGGAUGUUUGAAAUGUGGCUCAAAUCUCAGCAGAAUUCUGUACGGAAUCCGUCAAUUAUGACUGAAGACUUCAGGGAUACUCUAUCAGUGUCCAGUGAGGAGGAGUUUCAUGAACUUGAUGAGGAAAACAGUGAGAUAUUUGAGAAAAUUCACGAAGAAACUAAAGAAAUGCCAAAAACUGAAAAAGAAAUCUGUGAAAUCCCUGAAAUGGUAGUAGAAGUUCAGAAAUCUCUUGAAACUGAAGCUCAAGAAAAAGUAAAUACUGAAGAAAAUCAUCAUUCGGAAGCUCCGGAUGAGUCUAAGACUGUCGAAAGACCUUCCAAUGAUGAGACGAUCAGGGAAGAAAUUCCUGAAAUUGCAAAAGAAACACUCCAGGAAAUUGCUCCUCCACUUCCUGGAAAGAAAUCCCCGAGUCAUGGGAAAGGGAAGGCCCCAGAACCACCCAUAAUCCCUUCAAUAUCCCCUCCUCCAGUGGCUGCUGAUGAGGAGGAUCCGACCAAAUGUUCAGGAAAGAAGUCACCCAGCAAGAAAAGUAAAUUUAUAAACUAUAUCCCGGCCAUUUUGCGACCAGAUUCAGCCGCUAAAUCUCCCAAAAGCACUGACACAGCUCCCAAAGAGACAUCCAUCUGACCAUCUAUCUAAUCCUACAUCCCAUCUCCCCUUCUAUCUCCCUCUCUCACAUCACAGAGAACUUUUACUAUCAGAAAAAGGCAGGAGGAAUUUUUCAAUUUGACUUUCUUUUGCCAUUUUCUUUGCUAACAUUAUUUUCAAUGAUCCUGGCUUUUGCUUUUGUCUUGCGUCCUGAUUUUACAAUGGAGCCUCCAGAGAACAGAGUGUUUGGAGAUCAUUUUAGAGACCAUUUUUUGAUCUUAUCAUGUUUCAUUAGAUGUUCACAGAGCUUAAGUUUUAUAUUUUUAAUUUCGUUUUUGUGAACAUGGUUUUCUUUUUUUCUGUUAUUGCAGAAGCUUUCAGAAGAUUGAAAUGAGGUACUCAAAUAGAACUAAAAAAUAUUUAGAUAAAAGGACGAAACAGAAGAAUAAAGUGACUCUUAAGCAAAUAUUUUAUAAAAGGCAUUUCUUACGUUAAAUUAACUUUUAUUAGAAUUCGUCAUUAUCACUGCUAUUAUGCUAUGGGAAAUUAUUCAAAAUUCAAAUUGCAUCUAAGAUUAUCCAAAAAAAAGAAAGA